CUGCAUAGCGAGGUCAACCACAAAGACGUGUUCCACUCGUGCUGUCCCUGUCUGCCGCCGCAUAGUCCAGGCGACAUGCAGAAUGGCAGGCGCGACGUACGACAUUGUCGUGCUUUCGUCCUCCCCUCCUGAUAGCCUCCAUGUCGGCCCGCGAGCGCUGAGCCCUGCAUCUCCCCUCGAACGUCGCGUCGCCAUGCCCGCAAGCCCGCUCAGAUCGCUCUCUCCGCCUCCUAUCCCCAAAAGGGCAGUCGCGGGCGCGUCCCUAUCGGGAUCACGAGCUGCGCCGGUGCCUAUGGGCGUUGAACGAGGGUUCGCCACCGCGAGGAGUCUGCUGGCCGACAUCAGCAUCAACGACCGGGGUCUCAGCGCAAUUGAGGAGGCGCUCGAGAGCAGGCGGGUACCCACAGGGCCUGAAAAUACCAUAAAAGCGUCUAAACCCGCAAGGAAGAGAGCUACUAAGGCGACAGCUGUCGACGAGGAUGCGGCGAAGCCGAAGGCGAAACCAAAACCACGCGGACGGAAGCCCAAGACGACAAGCGCCGAGAAAGUGACGAGCAAUGCAUCGAACGCCGAGGCCACCGCUACCACGUCCUCUUAUUUCGCGAAACUGCCUGGGGCCGAUGUUGCUGCGUCUACCCGCGAGCCCGCUGCAGCACCGCCGGAGCCGAAGCCUCGGAAGCCGCGCACGAAGAAAGCUACGACCGACAACGGCGAGAUACAAACCACUAUCAAAAAGGUCAGAGUCACGAAACCGAGGGGCGCGACAAAGAUCACCAAGAAAGUGCAGGAGAAGGCGGCGGAGGUGGCAUCGGCACAUUUCCGCUCACGUGGUGCGGAACACCAUACGGCAGGAUUGAACCAGCCGGACACAACAGUCGCUGGGGGUCAGAGCGCUCGAGUUGGCGAUGAUACAAUAUGGGACGUGCCAUUGAGCCCUUCCGCGCGGAGUAAUGGCCCGCCUAAACAACGGCCACCCGACCCCGACGACCCAUUAGACUUGGAUGAGGCAGUGAGCAGACGACGAGACUGGACGCCUCCUCCAGAUACUAAGCGACAAGAGAUUCUCACCAGCUCAACUGGGAAAGAGAACAAGCCCGUCGCGGAGAAGGAGAGUUUUACGAGCCUGCUGUCAGGUUAUUCAUACGCGCGCAUGGAGACUCAGUCACAGAAAUCGGCCUCUGAGACAGCUUGCACCGAGGUGACCGGUGCCAUGAAACGGCGAAGGCUGGAGCUGCUCGAUCUACCUAACCACCAGGUUGCAUCUCGUCAAGCAUCGCCGGAAAAAGGCAAGGCGCCAAAGAAGAAGCCUCGAACCAUCACAGAUCUGGUCACGGGCCAAUAUGCGCCUCAGCAACCGCUACCAGAUUCACCUGAAGUCUCAAGUGACUUCUUCGCACGCCGCACUACUCCUGUACCCAAGACGACCAAGGUGUCAUUGAACGAUAUGGCUGACGAAGACUCAACUAAAGUUUCGAAGAAGCCCGUGCGCAAACGUUCAACGUCUAAGCCAGCGUCAAAGCCCGGCGAGGCGAAAGGCAAGCCAAAGAAAACUUCCGCCAAGGCUGCCGCCAAACCAAAAUUGGUCGCAGAGACGCUGCUCAGUCCAGCGUCUGCAUUAUCCAGGUUGAACAGACAAGAUGUCUUAUUCGGGACAUCGAGCCAGCUAGCGCGUGAGGAAUCUCCCACCAUGGUACGGGACUUACAGAAUGCGAUUCGCGAGUCCGAGCAAGAUGCAGAACUUCGCCACAGUCUAGCAUCAAAUGAUGCCCCAGCAUUUGCCGCAUGGCCGCGCCUACAGCGUAUUGAGGGUAGACGUGCACUUUGGAAAGCAAGCUCACGAGACGACGAGGGUCACACACUAGAAAGGCAGAGCGUCUGCCUACCCGAACCGGACAGAACGCAGGACUUUCCGCUCGUCAUCGACAAGAUGCCUGAGCAGUCCGACGAUUCAUUCCUGGAUAUCAAUGACUUUGCGCCGCCUCCCCAAGCACCGAUUUCAAUAUCAUCGGAUCUGUCAACUCCACCUUCCACAGUGGUGGAUGACAAUGCUGUCACUGCUGAAGCUCGUGCUGCGAUUCGCUCUCCGUGUCUGGACAUGGACAAUUUCCUGUCAUGCCCACCUCCAGUCGCGGGUAGCAAAGAAGUUGCUGUUGAAGGUCAUUUUCUCAAGAGUUCUCCAUUCAGAGACAUCAACGACUUCCCACGGGACCUUCCGCCUUCGAACCAACCAGUCGACUCUAGCUUUCUUGACAUCAACGACUUCAUCCUAUCUACGCGGACGCCUGCAGCUAACACGUUACCCACAUUAGCGUCUACAGGCUCGCCAAAGAAGCCCAGAGAUCGACCUCCAAAAUCUCAAUCCGCUAUUCGUUCAAGAGUACCGGCAUCUGCACCCGUCCGCGUACCCAAAAAACCAAUCGCGCAUGCACAAUCCUCUACAGCCACAUCACCAAGUACGCCUCGCAAGAGCCAGAACCGCUUUCACAGCAUCGAGGCUAUCCUCGACUCAGAGGAUGAUGAGGCCCUGUCGCCUACACCUCCUCGGGCUCGACCACUUGCACAUUCCCCGCCGUUGCCACUAGUCUUUGACACUACUCCCAACCCAGCAAAAGACACUGCAGACGGACUCGUCCCAAUCUACCGAAUCCCCGAGACCAAGCUAACUUUCGACGGUAUCCGCCCUACACUCUUUCCCGCUCUCACAUCCCUCAUCCGCUCUCUCCCUCCCUCGACUGAUGCCUCGAAGCCUUCUUGGCAUGAGAAGAUCCUCAUGUACGACGCCAUUGUUGCCGAGGAUUUCACAGCGUUUCUCAACACGCACGACCAUAUUCACACGUACAAGCGCGCGACGCAGAAACAGAUCAAGGCGUGGAACAAGGAGCUGAGGGCACGGAGAGAAGAGGAGAUGAAGGUGGUCGAGGGCGAAGGCAUGGUGUUGGCGGUAGAGAAGGAGAUCGAGGCGUAUAUGGUGCAGAAGUGGUGUGAGGAGAUGAGCGUGUGCUGUGUGUUCAAGGAGAGGAAGAAUGGUGGGGCGAGGAAGGGGCUGUACUAGUAGCUAUGGAGGGGAUGGGACGGUGCACGGAGGUGGCUCAACUUUGGCUGCAUGGGAAGGCGUUUUUGC